AUUGCGUCAGCGCAGAUACACCCGGGCCCUGUAGUCGGUUUGUCGGGCCUGGAAAGCAGAAACAGCAGCAGCAGCAACAGCAGCAGCAGCAGCAGCAGCAGCAGUAGCAGCAAGUUGCUUUCUGCUUGCGCCGACGGCACCAUAAGGCUCCUUGAUGCUUCAAAUCUUCAAGUCCUUUCUGGAGGCCGUUUAACAAAAAGGCUCGGAGGGAUUUCUUUGACGACUUGUUUUUAUGAUAGAGAUAAAGAAAUGGCAUAUUUAGGUACAACUGCUGGGGUGUUGCUGGUUUACAACGUAGCUGUACGUACACCCCAAUUCGUCGCCGAAGCGGCUCUGACCCCCAGUGAGCCAAUUGCAGCUUUUGCUGCUGACCCCGACGUUGGGACGUUCGUGGGUCACGGUCCGCAGGUUUCUUUGCUGCAGCUGGCAGCAAACUGCUGCCGCCGCAAAUCAAUUUUUAAAUUGAGAGAAAAUGGAGAAAAAGUUUUUUCUUUUGAUUUUGCAAAAAGACAAAAACGACUUGUUGUUGGCUACCAAUCUUUUGUGGCGCUCUGGUCUAUAGACACCGGCGAGUGUCUUCUCGCCUGGGCUGCACACAAUGGAGGAAUAUACCAGCUGCUCACGCACGAAAACGGAAAGUUCCUCAUAAGCGGCGGAGACAGCGGGACCAUCAAAAUGUGGCAGAUGCCCCCUGACUCGGAGCUGACGCCUUGGUGUGUACAUACACCUCAGCAGCACUUUGGAGAUGAGGAGGAAGAAGAAAAUUAUCAAAGAGGAUUUGCUGCUGCCAAUGAGGUUUCGCUGCGGCAGCAGCAGCAGCAGCGGGAGCAGCGGGGAUCUGCUGCAGCACACGGCGACUGGGGAGCUGCUACGCGCAGCAGAAAUGUAAACCCAGUUUUGCUUAAGCGCUACAGCAGCAGUUCAGAAGAAGAAGAUUACGCAGAGCAGCAGCGGGAGCAUCAGCAGCAACAGCAGCAGCAGCAGCAGCAGCAGCCGCAGCAGCAGCUGGAUGAGCCCCCCCUUCUGGUGGAGCAAGAGGAGGACAGCAGCGACGAGGAACUCGAUGACAUUCGCAGCGCCUUGGCCUAA